UUUUGUUUCUAAUGUUAAUUUACACUGAUCUUUUAUUUAUCACAUUUUAUAAGAAAUGAAUGGAGGUCAUUUGCACAAAAAAGGCAUUUGAUCAGGUCAUUUAAAUGAAGAUCCCCUAAAAAUAGAGGCCUAAGUGAGAAGUUUCAAACUUCCGGGGUCAAAACGUAAAUAAGAACAAUUUGAGGGUCCGAGACUCCAAAUCGGCCGAGCUCACUCAUCGUCUCCAAAAAUAUUCAUUUGCCCCGGCGACCAAAAAUCCCGGCGACAAAUCUCCUUCCUCUCCAUGCAGAUCGACUUUCCACCUUAAGGAAUUCGAAUGACCUAAUUUUCCCUGAACCACUUCACAACCACAAAGCAAUCAAGAUGGUACUCGACAAAUCUCGAAUUGAAGCGAUCGUGUCAGUGUUCGUCGCUGUUCACCCUCACGAAACCUCUGCCUUGAUCUACUCGACCUCUUCCUUCUUCUUCAUUUUGAGUGCGUAUUUUGUGGUGCUUCCUUUGCGGGACGAAGGUGCGAUUUCUUUGGGGUUGAAGAAUCUUCCGGGCCUUUUCGUCGGGUCGUUGCUGCUCACGUUGGUGGCCGCCCCUGUUUCCACGCUCAUUUUCUCACUGCCAAAGCUUUCUAAACGGAAGGAAAUGCGUACAUUGAACUCCACUAUAAAGGGAGAGCUGAAGUUUGCAUUUAAUCAAACAAUCCCUGCAAAUUCUGCUGGCUGGGUGAACCACGGGUGGUUUUAUAUUGCAGUUAGGAUUGCCUUGUUCCUUUGGAUUGCUUUGCUUAAUCUUAUAACCAUUUCAUCUACAUGGGCCAGAGUAAUUGACGUGAUGGACUGUGAGUCAGGUUCAAGAUUGUUUGGGUUUAUUGGAGCUGGUGCUACGCUGGGCCAGCUCAUCGGUUCACUAUUUGCCACUGGAAUGGCUUGGUUAGGCCCCUAUUUGCUCCUUGUUGCUGCGCUCUUGCUGGAAUUUGCUGCGCAAUCUUCAAUAGGAAUUCACAAGGACGAAUCCCAGCAUCAAGAUGAACAAUCUCCUUUGAGAAGAGCUGAUAAUAAUCACACGAGAGACCCCAGGGAACAAAGUUCGACUGCUGUAAAAUCACCUUCCCCUAGAUCUUCUCCUUCUACAGAGAAAACUCAGUUUUGGACAAUACUGGAAGGACUCAGCUCAUAUUAUCUUCAAGUUAUUUACUGCAAGUUGCACUAUUACUAUGGCUCAGUGCAGUUGUGUCCUCUUUCUUCUACUUCCAGUACAGUUGAAAGCCCUGUUGCUCGGAGAAAAUUGUUCGCCCAGAUCAAUAGCUUUAUUGCUGUUUUCAUCCUUGGCGGACAACUAACUUUAACGGGCCGUAUACUUACAGUUGCUGGGGUUACUAUAGCUAUUUGCUCUGCACCGUUUGUUGGGUUCAUGAAUCUUAUUGCUUUAGCCGUAUGGCCUUCAUGGAUUGCAGUUGCCAUAUCCGAAACUUUACGAAAGGUAGUUAUGUAUGUUGUCACUAGACCCGGAAGAGAACUACUCUUCACUGUUGUUACACAAGAUGAGAAGUAUAAAGCAAAGGUAUGUAUAGAUGUGAUUGUUCAGAGGCUUGGUGAUGCCACUGCAGCUGGAAUGUACAAGCUAUUCUUUAGCACUUCAAAUGCCAAUCCAUCCACAGUUUCCCUUUAUGCAUUGCCUGUGUGUUUGUUGUGGAUAGUCACGGCUUUCAAUUUAGGACGAAGACAAACACAGCUUGCUAAGUACAGGCUAGCUCAAUCAACAUGAUGAUCGGACAAUGUUUUAACCUUAGUUUUAUUUGUAUAGGAUGAUUGGACUACAUUAAUCUAAAACUGUAAUAAAAUUGUCUAUUCGAAAUAUUUUCGAGCUAAUGUACUUUGGAUACGCGCAAAGUUUUUGCGAGUUUUAUUCAAGAUUUUCUCAAGAAACCUUGAUGUCUGUAUUCGUGGAUAAUUUGCAGAACAAAUGUGGCAGAUAAUUGGUAAUAAUAAUAGUUUGUG